CCGGCGGGCACCGCGCGGUCCCGCCGCUCCCAGCCGCUAUGGCGCCGCCGCAGCGCGCCGCGCUGUGCCUCUUCGACGUGGACGGGACCCUCACGGCGCCCCGGCAGAAAAUCACGGCGGAAAUGGCGGAGUUCUUGCAGAGGUUGCGUCAGAAGGUGAAGGUGGGCGUUGUCGGGGGUUCCGAUUUCGAGAAGAUCAAGGAGCAGCUCGGCGAUGACGUGGUUGAAAAGUUUGACUACGUGUUUCCAGAGAACGGCCUCGUGGCAUACAAAGAUGGGAAGUUCUUCAGCAAGCAGAACAUUCAGGGUCACCUGGGUGAGGAUGUGCUUCAAGAUCUUAUCAACUACUGCCUGAGUUACAUUGCAAAGAUUAAACUGCCGAAAAAAAGGGGGACUUUUAUUGAAUUCCGAAAUGGGAUGUUAAACGUGUCCCCCAUUGGAAGAAGCUGUAGCCAAGAAGAACGAAUUGAGUUCUAUGAACUUGAUAAGAAGGAGCAUAUAAGAGAAAAAUUUGUAGCUGAUUUACGAAGAGAAUUUGCAGGAAAAGGCCUCACAUUUUCUAUAGGAGGCCAGAUAAGCUUUGAUGUGUUCCCAGAUGGCUGGGACAAGAGGUACUGCUUAGGAAUCAUUGCAGAAGAUGGGUACAAGACUAUUUAUUUCUUUGGAGAUAAGACUAUGCCAGGUGGGAACGAUUAUGAAAUUUUCACAGACUCCAGAACUGAAGGCCACAGCGUUACGUCCCCGCAGGAUACAAGAAGAAUCUGUGAAGAGCUGUUUUUUAAUUAAAAGACCUUCUUUUAGACUUCACAUUUACCAAAUGGUUAUAAGACAGCUUAAUAAUUCAAAUCAUCUUCAUUCUGUAUUGUUUUUGUAACUCGUGAUAAAUACUCAGUGCUUUGCAGGUGUAAAGGGAAGGGUUUUAACUCAAGAGAACCUUGGUGACUGGUUAAGUGAGCAGAGCUCAUUUAGGACCAUCCUUUCACGGUUUCUAUUAGCAGAAGUACGUUUUGGUUAGUUGUGGUUUUGUUCUUUUUAUUUGUUUGCUUGUUUUUUUAAAGUCAUCAGCCCACAUGACUUCACUGUGUCUCUGUGUUUCCCUGUGGAGCAUUACUUUGGGAACAGUAAUUAAUUUCACUUAGAAAACUAGACAUUUCUGGCCAGGUUAACCUGCAGAACUUGAUUCCUCAUGUGUCUGUGGCUUGAAGUCACAGGAGCUACUGGAAAAUAAAGGGGUGAUAGUUACAUUGAUGCAUUGUUUCAGAUACACCUGACAGUAUGUUUUGUAAAUCUGUGCAGGGAAAAAUGAACUUAGUUUUUCAUCUUGUUUUUUCUUUCUUUCCCUCUCUUUAAACUAACUAGUAAAACUUAUUUGCUAAUUAAUUACACUGCACUCCCUCCUCAUCCCCCCCAUUAAUCUGCCUGUUGUUGAUUUAUGGCCUUAAAGUUGGCCUGCAAGGCAUUUAUGCCUUGUUUUGGCUUUGAAGCUGCUAUUUAAAAUAAACACUUUGAAGGCUUUUUAAAAACAUAUGUAAAUAACCUUGUGCUGUGAAGACAUGAAUUUUAAGACACCAGAGUAAAAGAUAUGUUGUACUAUUUAUAUUUUUUUUCCUGGGGGUGGGAAGGCAGAACUGAGCCUGAAGUCCCUGAGUUUGCUCAUGUUUUAGUGCACAGUCAGCAGGUGUGGGGCCUGUCAGCAUUGGGAGGGCUGGGCCACCUGAUGCUGGUUUCCUCCUCACCACAGCCUGCACUGCCAAUGCAGUGUACAGUUGAUGGACCCCUGCUUUUUGCAGACUAUUUUAAAUCUACAGUGGAAAAAAAAUAGAAACCCAAUAUUAAAAUAACUUGAGUGCAGCAACAAAAUACGAUUUUGUCACUUAUUACACUAUUCCUGGUAAGAAUAUGGUAGGUGAGAUGUUUUUAGUGCUACAAUAAAUGAUACAGGUUUCUACUAAAAUUCACAUUGAAGCAUGGCAAUCAGAGUAACUUAAUACUACUACUCCUACCUGGCAUUUGGAAAUUAAUCUCUUCUGGGAAUGGUUUAGUUUGGAAAAAGACAAUAAAAAUUCUAACAGUCUGUCAUUUUGGCAAAUAAAUUAUUUUAAGCAGCUCUGUUGUGUGUUUCCUGUAUGCACAUCGAAGUUACUUAAUUUAAUGCUUCCCAUUUCAGGUUUGCAUGAUUGCUAACAGCUUAAAAAGAAAAAAAAGAAAAACAUUAAGUUCAGAGGGCUUGCAAAAGAGGUGGUGGGUGCUCUGAUGCUCUCAUCGAAAAGUUCUAGCCUAAUCCACUUCUCAUAUGCACACUUCCAUAAUGUAAUUCAGCCUCAACCAUUUUAAUGAAAGCAGAUGCUGGACCAGACACAUUAGUAUUACGAGAAACGUCUCUAAAGAGAACCACAGCCUAAUAGCUGCUGCUUUGUAUGUACACAAACAUGAUGCAGCUACUUAUUGCAUUACUUCACAGUUGUUUCCUGUUUGCAAAAACCUAUGCAAAACACCCUGCGAAGGACCAAAACCAGGCUUGUUGCACUAGCAACCACUGCCAAUAGGUCAUCAUCUGCCUCUCAUGCCACCAGACGAGAAGCAAACUGAGAGAAAGAGCCCCUGAAGCCUGGCUGAAGCUUUCCUGCAGGAGUUUUGAAUGCUGAGUGCUCUAUCUUGGGAGCCCUUUCUGCAAUGCCUUGGUCUCCCAGUCGGCUGGUACAGCCAGGCUGUCCUCCCUGUUCCCCCAGUGUAGGUUAACAUGAACAGCUAGUACUGAAUACUACAUAAUGAAAAUAAUGUCUUUAUAGAAAUAUAAAAUCUUGUGCACUAAUUGACCAUACCACUAGAAAACAUGGUAAAUUACUUUCUACUACUUCUGAUAGCGCAUAUCAUCUUAACAGCAUGCAUAUGCAGAUACCUGCAGUCUCCUCUGUUUAAAGAACUUCAACACAGAUUACGUAGAGAUCAGACUGAAGACAUAUUACAGCAUUAUAACAGCUGCAUUUAUUGUAAAGAAAGCAAUAUGCAAUACUCCACAAGCUAGAUAGUGUUAAACCUGCCAUUACUCAGUCAUGGUUAAAAACAAAAAGCUGCUGCAGGCUGGUCAUUACAGCACACUAUAGUGUAAUACAGCUUAAAGUAAAACAAGCCAUCACAGCAGUUACUGACCUUCAUACAGCUGAGCUCCCCCCAGGUCAGACCUUGGAACAGAUCUCUGCUGUGAGAGUCCUGAGACAUUUCAUGACAGCGAGUGCCUCUUGGAAAAACUGCAAACAGGCAACUGAAGUUACAGCGCGUCACAGAGCUAACAGGAGAGUAUCGUGCAAUCUUUUUCUAUUUUUAUUCUUUUUUAUGUGCAAAGUCAAUAAAAAUCCACUGUUAGGAAAGAAAAGAGGAAAAAAUGGAAGGCAAACGGGAGCAGCAUGGUCACAUUACUUCAGCUAUAUGCAACCUCGCAGGCAGAGAAGAGAGCUGGGGCAAGGGUGGCCAGAGCACAUCCUAUCAAGAAAGUCUUCUAAAAAACACAGCUGCAGAAUCUACUCCACCCAGAGG